AUGCUUCCAGAGCUGAACGUCACGUGGAUUCAAGUUUGUCCGCCGGAAAGCUUGACAAUAGAGAAAGUAGAAAAGCUGCACUACUACUUUGUGAUACUUGCACAAAAAUGUCCCUGCUUUUGCAAAAGUAAGGCCUCCAAUGGCUCGAACCCUAGCUUUGGCUCUGGCUUCUAUUACUCCUCUUCCAGGCAGGUUGGUCAUCAGCCGUGGCAGUCUUACUCUUGUGCCCAGUUGCAACGCGCCGAGUUUCAGCACCCAAACAAGUGUCGGCUCUGCAUGUUCGAUUAUACUCCCUUUAGCCCACCGUUCGGCGAGGCAGCGGAGUCCAUACCUUGA